GAGGCAGUUUGUGUGGCAGUCGUACGCUACUUCAUCGUCGUUGAUCUGAUCUCUCUCUUAAUUGUGGUUGAAUUUCAAUGGCGUACAGGCAGCAGCAGCCAUUGUGAAGAGCGAAAGAGAGAGAGAAGUGGUUGAAGCUGUGGCUCUAAUUGUCUAUGGCUACCUUCUCCUCUUCUCUCUCGCUGCCUCUGCAACUCCGACCCUCAUCCCGCUCUUCUUCCAAAUCCCUCCCGCCUUCGCUUUCCUUUCCUCUUUCUGCUUCCGCCAAAUUCACCUCCAGAUUCUCAGCCCUUACUGUCUCCUCCUCCUUGGGCUCCGCUCCUGAUGAAUUUCAUCAUGUCCACCCCUCUUUUUCUUCCAAGAAAUCAGUUCUCUCAUCUUUGAUACAAGAGAUAGAGCCGUUAGAUGUAAGCAUAAUUCAAAAAGAUGUUCCACCCACCACUGUGGAUGCUAUGAAAAGGACUAUCUCGGGCAUGCUAGGCUUACUUCCAUCUGACCAGUUUCAAGUUUUAGUUGAGGCGUUAUGGGAACCAGUUUCUAAGUUGUUAGUUUCUUCAAUAAUGACUGGGUACACAUUGCGUAAUGCUGAAUAUAGACUCUGCCUUGAAAUGAAUCUUGACUUUGAUGAUGGAAAUAAUGACAAACAAACAGAUGAUAAUUGUAAAAUUGAUCUACAUGAAAUGUUGCUCGACAGUGCAAAUUUAGCGAACCUUUCAGAUGAAAAUGAGUUUUCUUCAAAAUUCGAGGAAUCUUUGAAAGAACCAUCUGGAAACAUUAACAUCCAAGGCAUUGGUGAAACUUCUCCUGAAGUUCAACAGCACAUUCGUCAUUUACAGUUUCAGUUAUCUUCAAUUAAAAAGGAACUCCAUGAGGUCAAGAGGAAAAGUGCAGCUCUUCAGAUGCAACAGUUUGUUGGUGAGGAGAAGAAUGAUCUGUUGGACUAUCUGAGGUCGCUACAGCCAGAAAAGGUGGCUGAGCUGUCUGAACCUACAUCCCCUGAUCUAAAAGAAGCCAUCCAUUCUGUUGUCCAUGGACUUCUUGCAACCCUUUCUCUGAAAAUCCAUUCCAAAGUUCCUUCUCAAUCAGAAAAUAUUGGAACCGGAAUGACAAACGUUGGUAAUGAAGAUUGUGCCGAACUUGUUGAGAAUACUUCACUCAAUUUCCAGCCCCAUUUAACAUUAACACGAGACUAUCUGGCUCGUCUACUUUUCUGGUGCAUGCUGCUGGGGCACUACCUGAGAGGCCUGGAAUACAGAAUGGAGCUGAUGAAUCUUCUCUCCCUUUCAAGCAAUGUUGAAAAUGCAGCAUGAUAAUUCAAAAUGUUGAGGGUGACACAGUUUCAAUGGAGGUUUCAUGUUUUCUGGAAGUAUAUAUACACAGCUUCAGUGGUUGGCUUUCAACUUUCAAGUAAAGGUGAUUAUUCUUUUUCCCUUUUUUGGUUUUAUUUUCCUAGUGAAGAUAGAAAUUAGUUUUCCUUUUCUAGAGUUUUGGUUAUUUUUCUGAGGACAAAUACUGUGGUCAACUAUUGUGGUUCUAUAGUUAGUAACUUAGUAGUGACUCCAUAGAUAAAUUCUAAUUAAUAAAGGUUUCUAUUUUAAUCUCA